GCCUAGGUACCGUUGUCCCAAAAGAACCUUCUUUUUACACGAUGCUAGAGAGUCGAUGAUACCUUAUUCAGCUACCCUAUAGUAUAACAAGAGACUAGAUAGGGCAGAAGACCCUAGUAUUGCAGAGGAGCUCUUGUUGUAGAAGGGUGCUGUUGUUCUUGUUCUUGUUGUUGUUGUGGUUGUUGUAGUGGCUGUUGCUGUCGUCUGGGAACAGUUGAGGGGGAACAAGAAAGCUUUCGGCUGAAUAGAAGAGGCUAUAUGUCAAAAGUACGUAGUAGUUACAACUCGAGAGAACCGGACAGUUCAACAACAUGUGGGCAGAGAUCGGCGAUAUCAGAUCAGAUCAGAUCAGAUCAGGGAGUCAGAGAGAAUCCAGCGACAGAGGGAGCCAUGUAUGUAUUUACAUGUACAUGUAGAGUAACUUUGGAGCUAAAAGCUUGGGCAUGGGGAAGGGAGAGGAGGUACGGUACGGUACCGGGUAAAGAGGAGAACAGAAGAAUGAAGACGAAUAAAGAAUGAAGACGAAGACGGGGAAGAGGAUGAAGAAGGAUGAAGAAGAAGAAGAAGAACAAGAAGAAGAAGAGGAGCCAAGACAAGACAGCAGCUGCAUUCAAGUCUCCAAGAGCAUCAACACGGACAUCCUGACCAAACCCCCAACCCAACGUUCUGUCUUGUCUUUUUUUAUCUUUUAUCUUUUACCACCAACAGCCGACUACUACGGGCUGGGUGAGGUUGACUGCGGAAGCAAAAAGAGGGGGAGGCGACAAACACCAGCCUCGUCCUGUUCCGCGUCUCGCCUCCUCCUCCUCCCCCUCCUCCUCGUCGUCGUCGUCCGCCGCCUCGUCCUCCGCUUCCUCGCCAGAGAGUGCUGUUCUCUGUCUCAUCCGUCUUCCUUCUUUUUGUCUCUGUCACAGGCUUAGCACUGGCUAACCCAUUAUUAGUUAACAAAGCCAUAUCAUCCCAUCCCAUCCUGAGAUCACAUUUCGUGGCCACCUCUCCUAGGAAUGAAUCCCCAUCAAUUGCUGAGGAGCAGAGAGGUUGGUGCAGGGCAACACCAACAAACUUCGCACUAUCACAUCCACCAGUCUGGCUCGGCUGCGGAGUUUGGGAUUAGUAUUCGAGAUACUAUUCGUCUCAUCGAGCGAUUAGCUACCAGUCCACGGUUUAGCGGACCUACAGCCAGCAACUUGCAAGAAAAGGCCUUCCGAUUCUUGCCUGCUUCCCCCGUCCAAUAUUAAUCCUUAUUGUGUUGUCCCCUUUCGCGGCGCCUUCCCUGCCUGGGCAUUGCGCCGCUGGUUUAUUGGAUGUGUGAUCAUUAGGCCAACUGCCCUCAUUCUGUGACUGGACGCACCGUUUCAAAGCCCAUAUUUUCGCCUAAGACCAAAUUCCAAUUCUGCAUGAAAUAAUCAUCAGCUCCUUCUGUGCUCUGGACGGAGUAGUUGAGCAACAGAUCAGAAAUGUCUUAUUCUCCGCCCCGCCACAACGCGCGCUGUCAGGGUUCAGCCGCCAGCCAGCUCGGCCUUCUGUACAAAUUAUAGCAACGCCACCUCCAACCACUGCUUGUCUACGGAUGUCGAUGGUCCCUUUUUCAAAAAAAAAAAAAAAAUAAAAAAAAAAAUAAAAAAAAUAAUCGGGAUUUUAAAGUCUCACUGCUCUAACAAGAAAGAUUUCGAUAUACAGAGGAUUUGCCACUGACUACAGAUUUGGCUGCUGGAGCUCGAUAAGUGGAGAAGCAGCUGCAAUCGCUAUCCUUGAUUCCCAGGAGCACAGAACUUCAGGAAAUGUAUUGGGUGACGUAUAGGCUCCCUAGCAGCUUCUUGGUGUUGAGCGGAGAUAUGGCUUCCAGCCCUUCACAAAUCACACAAAUACUAUGCAUAUGUUUCGCCGUACGCCAAAUGCAAGUUUCGCGAGCUGCAAUGUUCGGUCAUGAGUAAUUAAAAAUCCCCCAAAUGUGGAUUUGAUACUGUUUCAUUCGAGCAUUAAAAUUGAAGACCUCGGCUUGGAUCAUACAGUGAAUCCGGCAGUUUUUUUUUUUUUUUUUUUCUUUUGUUCAACAUUCCUGGACUUUGAAGGAGACUCAGUUCAAUUAAAUAUCUCUGCAAUGCAAUGAACAGAGCAAAAAAGAGACGACAGCAGAAAAAAUUAAUGAGCAUAUGAUAUGAUUCAGAUUCUCCACGUCAAGGAUUGAGGUUUAUUUCUCUGGGUUAAAAGGUGUCUCAACCUCUGAUGAAGCAUAUAUAAUGUUGAUGGUAGCUUGAAUUCUCCUGUCUCUUGAGGUGGUCCAUCUUGCUAACGAAUCACGAUAAUAUAACUGUGCUCUCGAUUUUCCUAGCCAUGCGGAUAGCUCCAGCUUUCGUGCUUUGAUGAUGGCUGUGAGCUUGAAGUUGUGGACGAUUUUGAUUCUCCACGUUUAACGCCAAGGUAGGCAACCCCGCGCAUGAUUGGCCUUCAAACAACGAGAAAACAUGGAUCUUGUACCUGGCUCGCUGCCUAGAUCAUGACCAAGCAAGCUCCCCGCAGACACAGGCAACACCACCAUAAUUCUACUUUCCGUAUAUUUAUCGCGACGGACCUCCCAGUUUUAAAAUUUCUAGACUUUCAUUCGAUAUCGAAUCAAUCACUCAUACUUCUCCACAGUCUUUUUACAGUCAGAUCGCUAGAAAAUCCAACGCCGCCAAACAGAUACCAUGGCUGCUCAACCCAACCCUGCGCCUCUUGUGCUUCCCGGCUUUGGAAUCGAAUUGAAUCGCGCAGCAUCAUGGAGGGCAACCCUUGCUAAAGGUUAUGUCACGAAUACGCCAAAUAAGCAGGGAGAGCCUGGAAUAUUCCCCUCCCUCUUAGCCCUACAGACCUUGGAAGGAUAUCAAGCUAUGCAACACUUCACUCCCAUCCGAGAGUUCACAAUGCUUCAGAUUAUGAAUACCAUAACUGACAAGCCCGGCUGGGAAAAGAAGAUAUUUUCACCAGACAUCAUAAACAAAUGGAGAGAGGAGGUAAUGGCGCAUAAAGACAUGGAUGUGUCAGAAAAAAUGAUGGAUUGGGUCAUUAACGAGCUGCAAUUCAAAUCAAAGGGCUUCGAAAAGAGUGGAAACAUUUUGGUCUAUGACGCGGGUGUUGUGAAAUCGGACACCGCAAUCCCGGAUACUCUCCGGAAUGCGCUCAAAUCCGCUGCUGCCCGCUUAGAAGAUGUCCCAGACGACCAGAAGGAUUAUCAUCCCCAAUCGAACAACCAGGUUCUUGACCUCGUGCAUCCCUCUCUGUUUCCGGUGGUCUAUGGUCGGACUCGGAUUAUCACAGACGGCGUUCUAGGAAUUCACGAGGGGAUCGCUAGAGCUGGAUCUGGUGAGGUUCUUGAAAUUCCGUCGAAAGAAGAACUUAAAGCACAUAAAUUCCGGCAUGAUCGACCUGGUGAACUACAGAUUCCUUACAGUCAGAAGUUCCAGUGGCUUCCCUGUGACGUCGCGUUCACAACAGAUUCAACAGAUUCAACAGAAACGGACGGACACGACAAGGAUCAAAAUCUUAAUAGCUGCAAGAUCACCAGCUAUAUAAAUAACUUGCACCCAAGGGAACACCGAGAAUUAUAUGGAGUGAUCGAACAAGUUAUCUCCCUCGCUGUUCCGUUAUGGAAUAGAACGCUAGGGUACGCGAAGUCCAAAACCUACACUCGCAUAACAUACCAUUUCUGCGAAAAGGAAGUUGACCACGACUUCGUCGCAGCUAUUCCAAGACCUGAAUUGGAAUCCGACGAAGACGAAGAUGACUAUUACGACCGCGUAGACGAAUGGGAAGAACAGAGCCAAAAAUUUAGACUCCCUGAGCCCGAUGCUAAAUUUUUGCCUCCGAACGAAGAUAUUCUCGUUGACUUGCAGCGGGAUUAUGGAAGUACUGGCUUGCAAGUUAUUGUAAAACUUGCCAACAUUCAUCUCACACCAGAAAAGCCCAGGUACAAUGGUGGUACGUGGCAUGUUGAGGGUCAACUAAAUGAACACAUAUGCGCUACCGCGUUAUAUUACUAUGACAGCGACAAUAUCACUGAAAGCCGCCUUGCCUUCCGCCAGCUAGCUGACGUGGACAGCGCUAGUGAGAUAGGGUACGAGCAAGACCAACACGGAUGGCUACCACUCGUGUUCGGUUGCCAGAAUGGCAACGCCCCUAUACAGGAGAUUGGCAACGUCGUUUGCAAACAAGGCCGACUCCUAACAUUCCCUAACAUCGUCCAGCACCGCGUUUCGCCAUUCCAGCUCGAAGAUCCGUCCAAGCUCGGCCACAGGAAAAUCCUCGCGUUGUUCCUGGUCGACCCCAACAUCCGCAUCAUCUCCUCCGCCAACGUCCCGUGCCAGAGGCGUGAUUGGUGGGCGGAACAGGUGCCCUGGGAAAAUAUCACGGGUCGCCUCCCCCCUGAGCUGUUCAAUGAGGUUGCGUCUCAUCUCGAUGACUUUCCGAUAUCGAUGGAAGAUGCGAAGGAGCUGCGAUUGGAACUUAUGGAGGAAAGGAAGGCGGUGGUUGUGGAGCAGGGUCAGGCGAUGGAGAGCUACACAUUUUCGUUAUGCGAGCAUUAAGACCGGUGUUGUCGGCGUGAAACUAUGAAGGUAAAGGCAGUGGUGUUGCGAGGGAGGUAUAAGAUGUGGCCGGCGAGGGGGGAAAUGGGGAAAGGGGGAAAUGAUAGGGAAGGGAUCUCCGCAGAGGAACCUUCAAGCUUUCUUCCCUCCGUCCACGUCUUGAUUGUACUGACCCUCAUCUCCUUCCUUUGGCGCCGUAAACACCACGCAUGCACUCGAGUCUUCGCAAACUACUCAAGUAGAUGUCAUUGCUAUUUAAAUAUACCUAUUUGUAACUUAAAUCCAAGCUUAUUCUAGCAAUGAUCGACUCUUCUCCUUGGCUGCAUUUUUCUGUUCCGCGGAUCAUAAUAGCCAUUUACAGGUUAUUUCGGCGUCGCUGGACCGUUUUACCGAAUGAUCUAACUUUUACGACAUUCCAUGGAUUGAGGAUUAGUUUAGUUGAAAUGUAGAUGACUUUUAUCAACUAGAUCUAUGGAUGCACAUAUCAUUUCGUAUGCCUGCCCAGGGGUGUGGAGGCGUAGAAGAAGGGGCUUUGCGAGGUUGACUCCUUGUAUGUAUAGAUCACGUGAUUAUUAUUAUCUCGGCGAAAUGGUAGCUCCGAAGCACCAACAUUGAGACGAGAACAAGCUACGGAGAUUCCAG